AUGGCCUUAUGUCAGGCGAGUGAAGUCUAUUUACGCCGAAGCGCUACGCCCAGUCACCAAGACGAGAAGAUACUAAAAGCGGCCUUGGCGAACUAUGGCAGAGCAGUGACUCUUCUUCGACACAAGCUUGCCUCGUCGAAGUACGUUCCGUCAGAGUCGGCAACGGCGACAAGCUCGGCGCUUGCGACAUUCGACCUUCUGAUCGCAGAUGGUGCAGACGACAAGAUCGGCCACAGUGCCAGCUUCGCACAUUUCGAAGCCUGCAAGUGUUUUCUGGAAGCACAGUCUCAGAAUCCCUCUUCUACUCCUACCACGAUAGCUAGAGCCUUCUUCCAAGACUAUUGUCGAUUUGAACUCUUCCGGGUCUGUUCGCUUGGAAAGCUGAACGCGGUUACUGCGAGUAUCUGCGAGAACACCUACUGGUCAGGAAUGGAACCCUUCAGCCUGGCCCCGUUGCCUUCCAACUAUGCUUCACUGCAGCGCGCAUCACACGAAAUCGAUCUGCGUCUAGCUAGACUGACUCAAUAUGUACGGGAGUUACGAGACGGGGACGACAUUUCUGCUUCACAGGUGACAGCUCUGGCCGACCUGCUGCUGGAGUUCGAAAAUCUCCCAGCAGAGAACGAGACACUUCAUCAAGUUCGAGUUGUACCGACAAGGAACAUCGCAGAGAGGCACAUCGUUCCUGUCUCAUUCGAUUUUGACUCGCCACACUGGCCAAUGCUGAUCCACUACUGGGCGACCCUCCUGACCCUUGUUCGACUUUGUCUUCUCAUCGACUUCCUCGCACGGAAAGAACAUCACCUCAGCUGGCUGGAUGAAGAUAAAACAGCAAAGCUAGUGGCUACACAGCAACGCGCCGUCUCGAAUCUUCUCAUGUCCCGGCAGUACGCAUUCGAUCGAAGCAUAGUGGCAAGGUUACAAGUCGUGCAUCCGUUGGUGCUUGUUUGGGCAACGCUUGCAGGCAAAUCGACGACCCCUCAAGGUCUCCCCGUGGUUACGAUGAAGCAGUGGAUACUGACACAGCUUCAACGCUCAGGCGUGAGCUUCUUGCGAGACUGGACGGGGCGUGAUCUGGACAAUGCCACUGAGAUCUUCGAGAUUCCCGACCGUCUCAAGCAGCAGAAGCCGCCGGACUAG